CAAGGCCCUAGACUACUGCAAAAUGACCCCACACAAGGACUUGCCCCAAGCCCUGGUGCUGCUAAACGAAAUGAACCUGAGCGCCCAACAUGUAGCCACACUAGUCGACAGCAUGAUACAAAAAGUACGAAAAGGUGAAUUGUCCACCGAGCAAGGCCUGAGUUUCCUCGAAGUCAAAUACAACAUGCUGCUGAGCUACUUAAUCAACUUGACUUACAUAGUUUUGCGUAAAUGUUCUGGAGAGCAAAUAGAGUGCGACCCUUGCAUUGACAGACUAAUCGAAUUGAGGACAGUUUUGGAAAAAAUCAGGCCUAUUGAUCAUAAAUUGAAAUACCAAAUUGAUAAGUUGGUCAAGACGGCGGUGACUGGGGCCAGUGCUGGAGGAGACGCUACCGCCUUUAAGGCAAACCCUUUGAAUUUGAUGGAGAAAGACGGAGAGGACUUGGAGGAGAGCGAGAGCGAGGAGGAAGAUAAGUUGGAGAAAGUUGGGAAAAGUAAAAGUGGGGUUUAUGUGCCCCCUAAAAUGGCCGCUGUACAUUAUACAGGUGCGGAAUCAGCCCAAGAAAAAUCGAAACGUCUCCAAGACCGCACGAAAAAACUCGCCCUGUCCUCAUCAAUCAUCCAAGACCUGCGAGAAGAAUACCUGGACACUCCUUUGGAAGUUUCCCAAGGCAGCCGAGCUCAACAAAUCCUCUCCAAAGAACAAAAAGAACGUCAACACUACGAAGAAGAAUACCUGACCAGAUUACCAGUCAGCAAAAAUGAGCAACACCGCAACCGUCAACUGACAACUUUGGGUACUUUGGGUGAUGAGAUUACCAGUUUUAGUGGAGGAGGAAAAAAGAGGAAGCAAAAAGGGUUUAAAAAGGGUAAGAGUAAUGUCAAAAGGAAACGGUUCCAUUGA